AUGUCGGUCGAUUCAGCAUUCACAGUCGAAUAUUCAAAAUCGGAUCGAUCAAACUGCAUUGCUUGUAGAUCGACUAUUAAAAAAAAUACCAUUAGAUUUGGAAUUAUAGUUCAAUCGCCAAAUUUCGACGGCAAAAUUCUCAGAUGGCACCAUAAAAAAUGUUUUUACAAAAAAGUCAAACUUCAUGAUGUUCAAAUGAUCAAAGGUUUUGAAAGUUUGCGCUGGAAAGAUCAAGAAAGAAUUCGUCAACAGAUCGAAGGAAAUUCAACUGAAAAAAAAAAUGAAACCGUCCGCGAAGAUGCGUUUGCUGUUCAAUAUACAAAAUCCAAUCCAAAUAAAUGCCAUGCUUGUGAUUCGGCGAUUGAAACGGAUACUUUGUGUUUAUCGAAAAAGGACGGCACAACUAUAUCGUCGGAACCCAAUGAACAGUCAGACGUAUGGUAUCACAUUAAUUGUUUCAACGAAAUCAAAGAUGAUCUCGGAUUCAGUGGAACUGCUGAAUCAUUUUCGGGUUUCGCCAAUCUGAAGGAAGAAGAUCAAAUGGAACUGAGACAAAAAUUGCCAUCACCAACUGUUUCAAGUAGGAAACGUAAAAGUGAAACGGAUGAGAUUGAUGAUACAAUGAUUGUCAAGCAACCAAAACUUGAAGAUGAAAUACAGAUAAAGAAGGAACAAAGUGAACUACUGUGGACUUACAAAGAUGCCUUGCGUAAAGAGAUUCCACGAGAUGUGCUGAAACAACUACUUGAGUUCAAUUUACAAAAACUAGUUUCAGGAGAAUAUAAUUUAAUAGAAACAGUGGCCGAUUGUAUGGCGUUUGGUGCACUUGAACAUUGUCCUGAAUGCGGUGGUUUUAUUGUCUUUAAUUAUACAACCUACAAGUGUACAGGUAAUAUUACAGAAUGGACGAAAUGCAUGUAUUCAACACAAUCACCAAAUCGAAAACCAUUUGAAAUACCAGACGAUGUCAAACAGCAGUACAAUAUUUUACCAAAAUAUAAUCCAAAAUUUCCACUUAAGGGUUAUUCUAUUGUAUUAGCUGGUCGUUUAUCAAAGACAGCCGCUACUUUACAACAAGAAAUCGAACGUUUAGGUGCAAAAGUUCUUGCAAAUGUCGAUGCAACAGUUGAUGUAGUGAUCAGUACACAAGAUGAAGUACAGAGAAAGAGUAAGAAGAUUCAAGAUGCUCAAUUAUUCGAAAUUCAUGUUGUACCAGUGCAAUUCUUGGAUGAUAUUCAAAAUGAUCAACCGUGGAUUGUUAUGGAGAAAUUGAAAAUAUCAACUUGGGGUAUCUUACCACACAUUCGAAAGCAACAGACAAAAGAUAAUGCACAGAAAAUAUCAACAUCACGAUCAAGAAAGUCUGUACCGGAAAAAGUCUCAAUGAUAUUAAAGGAUGGUGCUGCAAUCGAUCCCGAUUCAGGACUUGAAGAUUUUUGUCAUGUGAUGAGAGAUAGUGAAACUGGUGAAAUUUUUGCGGCUGUACUUGGUGCAGGUCGCACUGGUACCAUUUAUGGUGGAAAGAAAAAUGAACAAUUUGAUGAUCAAUCUGAAGCCAUCAAAGCGUUUGAAACAUUAUUUCUUGAUAAAACUGGAAAUAAAUGGAGCGAUCGAGGAACAUUUAAAAAAUUCCCCAAUAAAUUUUAUCCACUUGAAAUCGAUUAUGGAAAUCACGACAUACAAAAAGUAUUUGAUAAUGUGAAUGCCAACAAGCGUUCUAAUCUUCCAAAAUUAGUACAAGAUCUUAUUUGUUUUAUUUUCGAUAUAGAAAGUAUGGAGGAAGCAUUAUUAUCAUUUGAAAUUGAUCUAACCAAAAUGCCAUUGGGUAGACUUUCACGUAAUCAACUCAACAAAGGAUAUCAAGUCUUGACCGAAUUACAAACAUUGAUUACAAAUGAUGCCACAAAUAAAACAGCGAUAAUCGACGCCAGCAAUCGAUUUUAUACACUUAUUCCGCAUAAUUUUAAUCGAGGAAAACCGAUUAUUUUGGAUAAAAUCGAUUUGAUUCAAUCAAAAACAGAAAUCAUCGAUAAUUUACUUGAAAUUGAAAAGGCUUACUCAAUGUUGAAAGAAACAAAUGAUCAAAAAAACGAACAUUCGAUUGAUGAUUAUUAUAAGAAAUUAAAAUGUUCUCUACAACCAGUCGAUCAUAAUUCGGAAGAAUUUCAUAGAAUUGAACAAUACAUGACAAAUACAUACGCACCUCAUCAGCGAAAGUAUACAUUGAAAUUGAAAGAAUUAUUCAAAACAACACGAGAAGGUGAACGUGAAAAAUUUCAAAAGUGGCAGUCGACUGAAAAUCGUCAAUUGUUAUGGCACGGUUCAAGAAAAACCAAUUUUGCUGGAAUUCUCAGUCAAGGAUUACGUAUUGCUCCGCCUGAAGCUCCAGCGUCUGGUUACAAUUUUGGUAAAGGCGUUUAUUUUACUGAUAUGGUAUCUAAAGGUGCACACUACUGUUUCGCUACACCCACAGCAUCCGGGGGUUUAAUGCUCUUAUGUGAAGUUGCACUAGGCAAAAUGUACGAGUGUCACCAACGGACCAGUUUUUCGACAGAAACAUUGCCAGCGAAUACUCAAUCAGUCAAAGCCUGUGGAAAAACGAUUCCAAGUCCUAAAGGACAAUAUAUAACGGACGAUGGAAUUCUCAUUCCAAUGGGUCGUAGUAUUAAUGCAAAGAUUCAAAAAAGUUCUUUGCAAUAUAAUGAAUUCAUUGUUUAUGAUACUGAUCAAAUCAAUAUGAGGUAUCUUUUACGUGUUGAUUUUCAAUUUAUAAACUAG